AUGGAAAUGGUGAAUGUACCGAAAUGGCUUCAUGUACCGUACAAAAUCGCAAAAACAAUGAUGCCCGAUGGGUUCAACGACCGUUUCCGACUUCACGACGACAACUUUUUGAAUGCUUUACUGAAAGACAUCAACAUUGAGCAUAUUCCACAGACUCUCGGAGGAUAUAACGAGGUAACACAACUAAGCCACUCGAUGCAGAAAAUCAAAACGAUUCCUGCACAAAAACUGACGAAUGAAAAGUUUUGGAAACCGACCGAUAUGGAGCUGAUUAGUGCACUAGAGACAUUCCAUAUAUCACCACGAAAGGUUCGUCAAAUUCACGUUGAUGUGACGGACGCGAAUAAUUCCUUGUUGUGGUACUACAGUACAGACGGUGAUAUAUAUUUCGGUGUAUUCUACCAGCCAUUCGAUGAGGCUAUCAGCAACAAUACGAUCACAAACAACACCCGUCAUGAGAAAGAGAUCGACUACGAUCGUCUCGAGAUGGUUUACCCGUGGUGGAAACUUGCCGCCAGGAUAGUGCAUGAGUCGGGUCGUAUUCAGUGCACAAAACCUGGUCGCUAUUGGUUUGUGUUUUGUAAUAAGCUGUCAUGGUUGCAGAAACGAACCGUUCAUUUGAAUGUACAAUUAACGGACGGCUCAUGCACAAAACGAUGUCAUAUGGACGGUACGAUGAGUAAUGCUGAGAUCACCAUUCAAACCGAUCAAACACUUCACUUAUCACUUUGAUUUUGAUCGACUUUGAUCAAAUCUCUCUGAUUGAUGUCUGAUCGCUAUCACUAUGCAUAAUAUUACUCUUCUUUAUGAAUAUCGUUUCUAUGUGUAAUUUGGUUAAUAUGAUCGUCUAUAGUGCAUUCUAGUGCAUUGCGAUUGAUGAUUACACUAUUCGCAGGCGGAAAUCGCAAACAGCUGACUAUCUUUUUGAGCUCAUAAA